CCUCACAGAAUACAAACAGAAGCUUGCCCAGAGCAUGGAGGUGAAGAAGGUGUCUCAACUGGUGCUGUUACAUCGCCGAUGGGCCCACAACUUUCAAAAGCUGGCGGUUCACUUCACUAUCACCAACACUCAUCCUCAGCGACCUAUAUCAGACCGUUGUAUCUCUUCUCACUUUAGAACUUUGCCUUGAAGCUUUCACACAUUCGAACUGGUUCGGAUUUUUCGCCUCAACUGACCUCUUAGCUAGCUAAGAGGUUUUCUGCUAGAGGCCUAGGAAAAGCUACAGUCAAGCCUCGGCAAGCCGGCGGUCUUUUCCGUGGACAAACCAGCCGAAGGGCGAAGGCGACGCUAUGGCAACCAGGAUGUACAGCGGCGGACGUGUUCUGGAUACUAGCGCUGAGUUUGCCGUCGACGAUGUGCGAGGCCCCGUCAGCAACGCAGCUGUGGUGCCUCCUACGUGGGUUAAGUCGCCGGUGAAGAAGGACGUCAAGCCCCCUUGCAAAGACCUCGACGACCACAGGCUCGCGCAGCGGCAAAAGCAGAUCGACUACGGCAAGAACACCCUUGGGUACCAGCGCUACCUGCAACUCAUACCCAAGGACAAGCGGCAGAAAGGCGACCCCCAGACCCCUGACAUGCACCUAAACAACAGCAAGCGCGCGUUCGAGGGCUUGAUAAAGGUCUGGCGCCGCCAACUGCACAAGUAUGACCAGGACGGAGACGAGGACGCGGGGCCUGGCGCUGUGCUGUCGUACGCGGAGCGCGCCCGCCUGGCGUCCAUCAACUCGGAGGGUGACGUGGCGGUGUCGGCGGUGGCGUCGUCGCCCACCAACUCCAGCCGCAGCCGGGGCUCGCUGGACGGCUACCUCCCGCCGGUGGUCGCAAGCGACGCCAGUGGCCGCAAGCGCCCCUUCAAGCGUGCCUUUGACCAGCUGGCCGCGGAGAACCCGCAGCCCUCCAAGCUGCUCACCAGCCCCGCCGGCCCGCGCCCCGGCGCGCCGCAGUCCGCGCCUCCCGCCACCACUGACGCCGGCCCAGCGCCGUCCACCGGCCGCUGCAUGGACCCGCCCGGCCCCGCCCCCACCCACCACGGCGCUCGCACCGGCUCCAACCUCGGCCCCGGCUCCGGCGUGCCCAAGGCGCCGGCGACUGCUCCGCCGGCCGCGCCGCGCGCCACCACUGCCACCACCGCCAACACUACGGGCUCGCCGCCUGGCUCGGCAAAGAAGCGCUCUGCGGGCGCCGCCCUGGGCCAUGCCGGUGCCGGUGCGGGCGGCGAGGACAUGUUCCGCGAGUGGGAGGAGGAGGACUACCCCGGGCUGGAGCAGUGGGAGGACGAGGAGGUAGACGUGCAGCUGUGAGACAGCUCCAGGAGCAGGUUAACAGGGGUUGUAGCAAGAGGUUGUGGUGAUGACGUUAAGCAGCUGUGAGGUGGGAUGAUACGGUCUGUAUCUGCAUGGCACACCCUUGCUGGGCAGUGGAUACAUGCAUGCGCGCUCUAAUCGAGCGUUUGCCUGCGCCUAGAUCGCAGCCGUUGUAAAAGGUGUGAAGC